CUAAAAAAAUUAAUUAAUGUCCUGUGUAUUUCCCCUCUACACCCCCAAAUAAUUAACAAUAAAUACUAAAUGACUAUUUAAUUAAAAACCAAAGGGUGCACUGACUUUUGCACAGACUGUUCUGUACUAAAUAGUGUGGAGUGUUAGUGCUCCCACUAAACCCAUGUGAGAGACAUUUUAUAAAUGAAUCCUGCCGUCCCCAGAGCUGAAGGGAAGCGUCACUGAGCAUGUAGAGACUGAACACGCUGAGACAGGAGGGUUUCUACAGGAGGCUUCAGUUCUCUAAGCUAACAGUGUGAGGAAGGCUGUGUACUGCAGCUCCAUACAGCAUGGACUUUAACUGCUUUGUGCUCUGAAUUCCUCACUCACACUGAUGUUCGGGACAAAGGGGAAACGUCUGGCUGAGAAACGCUGACCAUGGAUUAGGAAAUGAUGAAGAUUUUACCAGAAGAUUUUACCAUCACUUUUCUUCUCCUGCUGUGCUGUUUACUGUGUGCAGCUGGAGACGAGACGGUCACACUGCAGGAAGUGGAAGGAACCACUAUAACUCUCCAUACUGGGAUAACUGGGAUUCAGAGUGAUGCUCAGAUUCAGUGUUUUUAUGGACCUGAGAAAGCAGAGGAAAAGAUAUUGAUUAUUCAGGUAUUUAAAGGAGAAACUGUUACAGAAAUCAGUGAGAGAUUUAAAGAGCGACUGCAGCUGGACAGAAUCAGUGGAGCUUUAACCAUCAGGAACAUCAGCAGGAAUCAUUCUGGAGUUUAUUUAUUACAAGUCAUCAAUAGAGGUCUCUCAACUCGGACGUUCAGUGUCAGUGUUUAUGCUCCAGUUUCAACUCCAGUAAUAAGAAGUCAACAAAAGCAAAAACGAACUGUUUCCCGCACAGAGUUGUGUUUCCCCCUGUGCACUGUGGAGAAUGGAGAAGAUGUGACGUUAUCCUGGUACAGAGGGACUGAGAGACUCAAUAUCACCAAUAACACAGAUCUCAGUGUUAACCUCAGUCUCACACUGCAAAUACACAACCAGGACAUUAACACUAACACUUACACCUGUGUGUCUGCAAACCCUGUCAGCAAUAAAACAACUUCUCUCAGCAUCACACAGCUCUGUGAUCAUCACCCAGAUAAAUCUAAAAGUUCCCGUAUCCUGUCUUAUGUCCUGAUACCUGCUGGAGUUCUCACGCUGUUAAUAUCAGUGUUAGUAUUUCUGUGUGUUUGGAGAAAAAAGGAAAAGGACGAAGUUUCUGAUAAAUCUGAGGAUCUGACUUACUCUGAUGUGAAGAGAGUUAAAGCGGAAGAAAACUGGAGUGUGACGUGUGUUGAAGAGAACGGCUCAGUGGUGUACUCAGAGGUGAAGAGAUCCUAAUAACUCCACACAUCACUGGAUCAUUUUAACUGGACUGAUAUUAUAAACAUUAUACUUUUAAUUUCCUACAUAAUUGAUUAUAAAUAUUUACUGUAUGUUUAACCAUAAACCAUUUCCAUUAGUGUUUAAAAUGUGAUUCUGUACAAUAACUAUUAGUUUUAUAGGAAAUAGAUUUGAUCUACAGCCGUAUUGUUCAGAUCAGAUACAGAGCGAGCUGUUAGAGAAGUGUGUGUGUGUGUGUGUGUGUGUGUGUGUGUGUAACUGUUUGUCUCUGUCCUCACAUUUAUAUUGUAGUUGAUGGUUUUUAUUUAUUUAUUUAUAAUCAGAUCCAGUAAUCUGAGCUCAGGAUUGAAUUAGGCAUCAAAGCUUCCUGCUGUAUUUUACCUUUAAAACUAAACUCCAGCCUGUUAAAGCUCCUGACUGAGAGAGACACAGAUCUUAUUUACUGUUAUUUACUGUUGCUGUUCAUUUGUUUAUUAAAUUAACACGUGUACUGCAGUUCCUGAAAAUUCUGAUAGUCUGCUCUUCUUUCUGGAACACGGCUUGUUCUGGCUUAGUGUCGCUCCAACAAACAGAACUACAGCAGAGAGAAACUUCAGAGAGAUUGUAUUAUAUGUAAAAAGUGCAGUGUUUUAAUAAAAAUGUAAAUGUGUAAA